AAACUUAACUAAAGGACUGAGGACUGUUGUAGUGGAAUUUUGCUCACCUAAAUAUAUCAGCUUUUUAAUGCUUCUAAAUGUUUUUGGAUCUGACAUAAACAAUUUCGACCUCUACAAUUUACAAAUGAUACUUCCCUUUCAGACUGUCUCUGUCUAUCAUGGUUGUGGGUACCUUCUUACACCUGUAGCUCAGUCUUGAAUGAACCUACCUUUUUUAGCAUACAAGAGUUUGUGAGAAUUCUGAAUUGGGUCCAAAUUAAAUGGAGAAUUUAGAAGAUGGAUCUUUUGAGGGAAGAGAUACUGGGGUUUAUGAUUACAUACCCAAGUUAAUUGGUGGUGCUUUUUCUGGUGCUCUCACUGGUGUUUUUGCUCUUGCUGGUGCUUUUACUGGAGCCAUUACUGGGGCUGUAGCUGGUAGGGCUUCUGAUAGUGGAUUGCUCAGAGGUGCAGGAUUGGGUGCUGUGGCAGGUGCUGUUCUUUCUGUAGAGGUUCUGGAGGCUUCUCGUGCUUAUUGGUGUUCACAGCAAUCUGGUUCACGGAAUUCAUCAUCAAUGGCAGAUUUCGUAGAAGAGCUACUCCAUGGGAGAUUUGUUGAGGAACCACCUGCGGUGCUGACUGGGUACUAUUGGCAGGCAAGCAUUGCCAACAUCAUUUAUGAUGAUGUUUAUGAUGUUUAUGGUGAUGUUGCCCCGAGAGCGUUAUCUUUGGACUCGCUAAAGGAGUUGCCAAGCCAUGUGAUCAUGAAUAUGAACAGAGCGGAAGAAGACAGUUGCUGCGCCAUAUGUUUGCAGGAUUUUGAAGUGGGAGAUACCGCAAGGAGCUUGCCGCACUGCAGACACACGUUUCACCAGAAUUGUGUGGAUAAGUGGCUUGUAACACGUAGCUCUUGCCCUGUUUGCAGAAGGGAUGUUUAAUUGAUCUGUUAUGUGUAUAUAUGUACUGUCAACCAUCGGAUGAUCAUCAUCUUUCUGCGAGUCCCUUGUAUUUAGCUUUGUAAAUAUUUAGUGAGCACCAGAUGGACCUAGAGAGCCUCCUUCCCUUAUCCAGAGUAGCCACAUUUUUCUUGGGAAGGAAGUGCUGGCAUUUUGCGAGUUUCACAUUUUCCUGCCUGUAUCUUGUUCUAUAUAGAAGUGUAUGAUAUCAGCACUUUAUUUUUUCAA